AUGUCUGAUCAAUUGCAGAAGGGAAAUAAGAGACGGAGAUCGUCUGUGAAGGAGCCUAGGCCUGUCGUUGCGGCUGCGCCUGCGAAGGCCGAGAAGAAGGAGAGGAGACGUUCGAGUGUGCAAGGCCAGAGACCUGAGAAGCCGAGGAGGAAGAGCUUGGAUUUGGUUUCGGCGCCGAUGAAGACUGAACAAGACCCUCUUGCGGCUUUGAUUAAGCGUGCGACGAGGAAGACCCUCGAUGUGAAGAAAUCGUCGAGAACGCCCUCUGCGCCAUUGACUGUGACGAGGACUGCGGGCGGACGUUUCAGCGAGAAGUUGGGGCCGAUCUUCACGAAGGAUGAGAGGCAUGUGUUUAUUGCUGCUGGAUCUUCGGUCAAGGUGUACUCCGCGAUUACCGGCGACUUGAUCCGCACCUUGACACCCGGGGAGGACGAAAUCGUGGGUAUGGGAAUCGACCCCACCAACCCGUUCAGAUUGAUGACUGCGACUACCGCUGGUGUUGUUUCCGUUCACGACUGGACUGACGGAUACGCUUUCGCUACCUACAACUUCAACCGCACCAUCAAGCAUUUCGCCAUCCCGGCUACCGAGAAGGCAACCCUCUACAUCGCCUCCCCUGCACAGGUCUCCUCAUCCACCAAGGAGCGCACCGAUAUUCUCCAGAUCCGUUUACCCACUAAGCCGGGCAAAGCGCCCACCGUCGUGAACCUCGCUUCCGUGAACGGCGAAUGCCUUGGUCUCAUUACCUCGGUCGACACCCUCGCCAUCGCCAUCCUUACUCCUCGCACAAUCACUCUCGGUACCAGACCCACCGUCGAGACCGCCUUCGAGUUCCGCAGAUUUGACGCCCAGUCCCACUCCGCGCCAUUCACCACCCUCGCCUUCCACCGCGAGCACCUCGCUGUCGGUUCCGCCGAUGGCCAAAUCCGGAUCUACACCCACGUCACCUCUGCCCUCACCACCGCCCCCGUCGUGAGAACUUUCCACUGGCACGCAAACCCCGUGUCUUCCCUUAACUUCGUAUUGGAUGAGACUUACCUCUUGUCUGGUGGUGCGGAAGGUGUACUUGUUUUCUGGCAGCUGGAGACGGGUAAGAAGACCUUCUUGCCGAGACUUGGGGCUGCCAUCAGGGGUGUUGGGGUUGGAUUGACUGGUGGUGUUUACGCUGCGAGCUUGAGUGAUAACUCGGUUAAGGUUAUCAGUGCUACGGAUCUUCGCGCAAGGGUUCAGAUUACUGGUAUCCAGACCUCGUCGGAUGUCAAAGCCGCGACCGUCGUCCCCUCGACUGUCCACCCUCUCAACGGCAACCUCAUUCUGGCUUCCGCCCCUCAGGCCGGUUCUUCCUCUGCUCUGCAGUCCUUCGACUUCACGACCGAUGCUCAAACCACCCGCACCGAAGUGUCUCGCUCCACCAUGAUCGGAGGCCGUGCCGCUACCGGCAACGGUAUUCAGGAGCCCAAGGUUUUGCACGUCGCUGUUGGUCCCGACGGACAAUGGUUGUGCACGGUCGACGAAUGGGUUCCUCCGGUUGAGGAGAGACUGAGUACUAUGGCCUGGGGCUCACAGGAGGAGAAAGAAUGCUACCUCAAAUUCUGGAAAUGGAAUGCCGAGUUCAAGAAGUGGGAUUUGAUCACCAGGGUCGACGCACCGCACGGAUAUGGAUCAUCUAUCUCUGCGCUCGUUGCGAACCCGAAGAACGGUGCCCAGAGCUUCGCGACGCUUGGGUCUGAUGGUGCGGUAAAGAUCUGGAAGGCGAGGACGAGGGUGGAUAAGACUGGGCGUGAGAAGGAGGUUACGUGGACUUGCAGGAGGAAUAUUCAGUAUGUGCAUUGUCCUGCGAAGGCGGGUCAUGCGCUUGCGUGGAGUGUUGAUGGUAGUUUGAUUGCUGUUAAUGUCGGAGAUGAUGAUGUUGUUCUCUUGCUUGACGCACGUACUGGUGAGGUACGAAAGGCAUUGGGCGGAUUCAGCGCUGGACGAAUUCUUUCUCUCGGUAUUGUCGGCGCUACGCUUGUGGUUUCGGGAAUCAAGAAGUUGGUCACUUACGACCUUGUCUUGGGCAAGAUCAGGUGGACUGCGAAGACUGUCGGUGGUAAGAUGGCGAUUAACCACGCCGCUGCAGAGUUCGCCAUUGCGUCUUCUGCGCCUAAGAACCAAGGCGGUGACAAUAUUACCGUAUGGAAGACGUCUGGUCCAGCUUCUACUGGAGUCCACGAGGUCAAGGGAGCAGUAAGUGCCAUUCACCACGUUAAGGCACCCCGGUCUGGAUACAUCUACUUCGAUUCGGAGGGCAAGGUUGCUGUGCUCGAACGUGGAGCUGCCGGUGCAGUCCAGAUAGCAGAAGAGCCUGGUGCAAAGGCUAUCGAGGAGCCGUCUGUGGGUGCUCUAUCAGCCUCGUAUGGUUCCGGCACCGUAGGACGUGUAUUGGCACCAACACAGGAGAAGAAGCUCGACGAGGAGCCACAAGCGGCAGUAGUGAAUAGCGAUCUGAUGAGUCAGAUGUUUGAUGCGCCGCCAUAUGCCAUGCCAAGCCUGGAAGACAUGUUUGAGAGUCUCGUAGUUGGGUUGGCUGGCACAGAAGCGCACUAGAGUAUGUAACAGGAUUUGAGGUCAUUGCAUAGCACUUAGGCACGGAGUUAACAAAAUCUAAACGAAUGAAUCUGGUCAAUGAGUAUAGC